AUGGCCCCAGGAACUCAGCGUGAUGAUCUGACUCAAAAAACGGCCGAGAAGCCAGCGGAAAAAUCCGUCGGAAACUCCGGAGACCCGCCCGAAAAGGAACCAAAGGGGAUGAAACCUGAUCCUGAUGACCCGCCACCAAAAGGACCAUGGGGGGACCGUGGUGUCACUUCACCUAAAGCUGGAACAAAGAAGCCGCCCCAGAAGGAUUCGAGUCUGAAUGUCAGGAUCAAUUUGGACCUCAGGGCUGAUGUCGCUCUGGAACUUCACGCCGUUAUACAGGGUGAUAUUACGAUUGGGCUAUUUUAA